CUGGUCGACCCCCUUGUCAUUUCCUCGGCGUGUGCCACCCAGAGCCUUGCUAUCCAAGUAACUGGUGCGCGUGGGUGUGAUGGUAGAUCGCUCAAUCGCCUCACCCCGUUCAUCUCUCUCUUUUUUUUUAUUUUCUAUUUUCGCUGCCCUUUCCAUCCUCUACAGGACAAGACCAAUUGGCUCCAUAGUCGACCGGAUCUAGCUUCGAACCUCCUCGCUCUAUACAGAGCGGCUUGUCCUGACCUGUGCCGGCUCCCAUUGCGAUUCUCAUAACCCUUUUUUUUUUUUUUUUUCGGAGCCAGCGCAAGACGAAGAAGCCGUGGCGAUGUCUUCCCAUUGGCAGCAACAGCAGCCACCCCCGCCUGACAGCGUCGCCGCCGACGACCUGCCCCAGGAAGCAGAGGCCUCGCCCAAUCCGUACGCCUCUUCCAGUCGGUGGCGCCACGUAGAGUCGUCCGCCUACGCGCGCCACGAACUGGGCAAGGAGGACACGCCGUUGCCCCAUGGCCAUACCCAUCGCCGCCACGUCGCCCGAGAGGCCGACUCGCGCGGCACCGGCGCCGGCGACCUAGCCAACUUCCUCAACAAGUCGCGCCUCGACCCGAGCGAGACGCGCGCCGGCAAUGGCACCGACCGCCCCACCACCCCGCGCUUCAAGCCGAUCGUCGCGGGCGCGCCCAAGGAGCAGCAGCAGCAGGCCGGGCCGCCGCCCGACGGGAGGGAGAUCGUCUGCGGGCCGCUGCUCAACUACCGCCGCAUGGAGGGCGCGCGCUGGAUCGGCAGCGUCUUGGUGGUCACGGCCGGAGGCGGGCGCACGCAGCCGCUCGUGCCGACGCUGGAGCUGAGAAAGGCGGCGGCGGCCGCCGGCGCCGGUGCCGGUGGCGGGGGCGACAGGACCGUCGAGGGCACGUGCCUCUACUCGGACGUGCGGAACACGUUCUGGCGGUUCGACCUCGUCGUCGAGAUGGAGGAGGCCGAGACCAAGUGGGAGUACGAGCUGCCCGGCCUGCGGUUCGCGAGCGCGACGAAGCCGCGCGUGAAUAGCUUCUUCGUGCCCGCGGUAAACGAGUCCAUGCGGAUCAUGUUCCACUCGUGCAACGGGUUCAGCGUCGGCACGGACGAGGCCGCCUGGAGCGGCCCCGCGCUGUGGAACGAUGUCCUGCGGAAACACCGGGAAAGGCCCUUCCACGUCAUGAUUGGGGGCGGCGAUCAGAUCUACAACGACGGCAUCCGCGUCACGGGCCCGCUCAAGCGGUGGUCCAACAUCAAGAACCCCGUGUCGCGCAGAGAGCAUCCGUUCCCGGAGAGCCUCCGACAGGAGUGCGAUGACUACUACUUGAAGAACUACAUUCGAUGGUACUCGACCGAGCCCUUUGCCGGGGCCAACGGCCAGAUUCCCCAGCUCAACAUCUGGGACGACCACGAUAUUAUCGACGGUUUCGGCUCGUACGUGAACGAGUUUAUGAAAUGCGACGUCUUCAGGGGCAUCGGGGGCACAGCCCACAAGUACUAUAUGCUGUUCCAGCACCACCUCCCCCCCCCUGCCUUCACCUACACCUCGGAUGCGCCCCCCGCGGCGGCGGCCGAGGAAGGACAAGGGAUGGAUCCGAACCAGACCAUGAACGCAUACGUCCACCCUCCGCUCAGCGAGCCCAACUACAUCUGCGGCCCUAAGGCCGGGCCAUACGUUGCCGAGCAUUCCCACAACCUGUUCACGCAGCUCGGGGCCAGGAUUGCGUUCCUUGGUAUCGACGCACGCACUGAGCGGACGAGACAUCAGGUCAACUACCCCGAGACGUACGACGCCAUCUUCACCCGCCUGAAACAGGAGUUGUCGGCCGCUGCGAACUCGGGGCGGCCGUUCAGGCACCUGGUCUUGUUGCUCGGCAUUCCUAUCGCAUAUCCUCGCCUUACUUGGCUCGAAAACAUCUUUGCGAGCCCGGUCAUGGGUCCCGUCAAGUUCCUGAACCGUCGCUUCGGCCUGGGCGGCAGCUUCUUCAACAGCUUCGACGGCAGCGUCGACCUGUUGGACGACCUGGACGACCACUACACGGCCCGCACCCACAAGAAGGAGCGCAACUGGCUCGUCGAGAGACUGCAGGGCAUCUGCGCCGAGUUCUCGAUCCGCAUCACCAUCCUGGGGGGCGACGUGCACCUGGCCGCGCUCGGCCGCUUCUACUCGGACCCGCGCCUCAACAUACCGGUCGAGCAGGACUACCGCUACAUUGUCAACGUCAUCUCGUCGGCCAUCGUCAACAAGCCCCCGCCGGCCGCCGUCGCCAACCUCCUGGCGCGCCGCAACAAGAUCCACCACCUCAACCACGACACGUCCGAGACCCUGCUCAAGCUCUUCGACAAGGACCCCGGCGACAGCCAAAAGACGGCCGCCCACAACCAAGUCACCAUGCCCUCCCGCAACUUCGCCAUGAUCACCGAGAACUCUCCCAACAACUCAACGACGACGACGACGACGGCGCAUCCCAACGGCGGUGCCGUCGCCAACGGUGGGGGGGCCACCACCACCCACCAGCACCAGCACCAACACCAGCACCUCCGCCCGCCGACCGCGUCGCAGCAAUCCGCCGCCGCCGGCACGACGACGUCGACGACUACUCCCUCCUCCGCGCCGCCCUCCAACGCGUCCAGCCGGCCAGCCAGCCAGGGCAGCAAAGACGGCAAGCACGACAACAGCAAGGACGGCCGGCUGCCGCUGCACGGGGGCGAGGAAAACUGCGGCACAAAGCACAAGGCGGCCGACCCGGCCCGGCACGGCCGCGACUCGGACGGCUCCCUGGACGUGUGCAUCUGGGUCGAGAUCGACCAGCACGACCCCGCCGGCCGCACGCAGGGCUACGGCCUGACGGUGCCCGCGCUCGCGUACAACGGCCCGCGGCCGCCCAGCGUCGAUCUGCUGCCGCCUCGCAGCCGGGGGAGCUCUGCGGCCGGCGGCGGCGGCGGCGGUGGUGGUGGUAGCAGGGCCUGAUCUCUUUCUUUCUCUUUUUUAUUUCUCUCGUUCUUCCCUAGGAGGUUGAGGGGGGGGUUAAGGGUGCGGUGCAU